CUGAGUGGUCGUUUUUGUAGGGUAACGCUAUUGUUCUUUGCUGUGUCAGCUCUUGAUCUCCUUGGGGAACUAGAUAAGCUAUUAAGCGACGAUCGUAGAAGGUCGAUUAUUGACUGGAUCUACAAAUUGCAAGUUACUGGGCCAGGUUCCGCACUGUAUUGUGAACCCAAAUUGCGAGACUUCGGUCUGGCCGAUGCGGGAUGGCGCGGUUUUGGUGGAAUAUUGACUGAUCUGAGAUCGGGUGAUGAUAUUCCGCAGUAUAACCUUGCUGCGCGUUGGAAAAGACCUGUCGCUCCGGUCAUUGCUGGUUACAUUGAGCCUAUUCUACCUCAACCGGUGAAACGACCAGUGAUCUACCAUUUGCGAACGAUCCCUGAACGUCCGCACAACUUCUUAGUAGUGACGCCCCACUCCGCAUACCUCUGCGACGAUCGUUUUCCAAAAGCGGCCGUUCUCACUCUUCCACAUACCAUUCCAUAUGGUUCACAUGUUAUGAUGGUAACACCACCAGUGGUGGACCCUCUCGCAACUGGGCACAUAGUUUCAGCAUAUUUCCUCGAUCAUCUGUUGACAGACAUCUCUGUCCUACACCUGUAUAGUCACGAAUGUGAGGUCUGGUCGUCUGUGAUGCCGAUCCAUUCCCUAGGUAACUGCUUGGAUUACGAGAAGGUCGUGAUGCCGUCCCCCGUAUUUCAUCGCGUGCAUCUGCCCCGUGAACCUGUGAUGGGAAUGGCAAUAGUGCAAGGAUACCAAGACGUACGUGGAAGGCCUGCCGAUUUCCUUCUGAGGACGCUAGCUGAUGGAAGUGUAUGGUUUCAAACUAUGCGAUAUGGGAAAAUGGAGAGCUCUGAAGAAAAGGACUUGUGGGCAACCAGAUGUAUGAGUUUUGCCUCGAACGAUGGCGACGGCGCUUACUCUUCCGCGAAUCUAGCUCAGACGUACAGUGCUCUUUUGUGUCUGGCUAUACUUGGCGAUGAUUUCAAGCGUGUAAAUAAGGUUGCUCUUUUGAACACCCUUAAGAAGUCACAAAAAGGAGAUGGAAGCUUCUGGAGUGAAGGCUUUGACUCUGAAAGUGACAUGCGAUUCGUUUUCUGUGCUGUCGCAAUAUGCCAUAUCCUUCAAGAUUUUUCGUAUAUCAACUUUUCUUCAUUGAGAAACUUUAUUCGAAAUAGCCUAAAUUAUGAUGGUGGCAUCGGGCAAGGUCCAGGAGAUGAAAGCCAUGGUGGUUCAACGUUCUGCGCUAUAGCCUCUUUAUCGCUAGCAAAUCGCCUAUGGGACGGUUCAGUGUUAUCGAAGCAAGAAAUCGAUAGGCUCGUAAAGUGGGCUCUUUGGAAGCAAGAUGAUGGAUUUCAUGGAAGAGCUCAUAAGCCAGAUGAUAGUUGCUAUGCAUUUUGGAUAGGAGCUACUUUAGAGAUUUUGAACGCUAAUCAUCUGAUGGACAAAGAAAAACUACGGUCAUUUCUUCUGAUUGCACAACAUCAACACAUGGGUGGGUUCUGCAAGAUUCCGGAAGAGUCAGGAUACCCUGAUCUGUUACACACCUACUUCUCCAUAGCGGCGUUUUCUCUUCUACGAGAACCGGGUUUAGCACCAAUCAAUGCAUCACUGAAUGUUUCAAGGCAUGUAUAUGAGCGGAUUCUUAAAAGCUGA